CACCACACCGUUUACCGCGGUAUACGACGCGUAUUUCCUCGGUAGGGCCGGCGGAUCGGUGCAACCGCGGUCCGGCGGCGACGGCGCGCGACGUGCCACCGGCAACCGGGACACCACGUGGGUGAACAGUUCUCCGCGUGUCGCCGUGCCGGUGUGUCGCGAUUGUUCCGCGCACGACAGUCGACGGUGUGCCAUACCACGUUCGGUUGCAUUAAUUUUUUUCCGAAUUUAAUACAGUUCGGCAUAUUAGCCGCGCCGUGGUUUGUUCUCUAUAAUUAAAAAAAAAAAACCCGUUUGUCUCAAAUCUCAAUAGCUAAUUAUUGUUGUUGUUUCGUACCGAGUUAUAUAAUAAUACGAACCGCGUGCAGAGAGGGAUUUACUCAGGUACCUACUACCUCUGCUUGUAUCGACUUUUAUCGGGGCAAUUUUUUUUUAAAAAUGGGCUGUUAUGAUGCAAAACCCGGCGGAGACAGAUACUAGAUCGUUGAAAUAAAAAAUAGUAACAAAAAAAGGACAACAGCAUAAACACAGAUGGGGUUCAUCACAAUUCUCUUGCUAUAUUGCAUGUCAAGUGCAACAGGUCACUUGAAUGUGUUCAUCAGUCAAAAAGAAGUCAAAAGGAUUAUGGGUCUAUCAUCUGAACUCUACUAUGUUCGAGAUGGGGUUGUGAAUACAUACGCGAUGAAUUUUGAAGUUCCAGUUCCUGCAAACAUCGGUGAACUUGAGUUUUGCUGGCAAUCACUGACUCGACAUUCAUUACCGUACACGUGGAACGUGGAGUCCAACAAUGGCAUAGCGAUGAAGAAACCGGAACUGGACAUCCCGGAAUCAGGCUGGGUACCGUCUCACGUCCAGGUGUUCCGGCUCAAGAUGCCGUGCACGGGCGUAGUGAGCUCCGAGGUGCACGUUUUGCUCACUAUCAACAUAACCGCGGUUAAUCGCAAACAUGGCGACGUGUCGCUAGUAUUCCACCGAAACAAGAUAUGUCUGAAGACCACCGAUAUGCUAUUGGACGCGCUCAUCGGCAAGGACGGUUCGCUGGAUACCAACCUGAUCGACGGAUUACCCCCGGGCCAACAGCAACAGCUUCCACAGCAGCCCGCAGCCCAACCACCUCCGCCACCGCAGCCGCCACGAUCGCAACCAGACGACGAUCACAAGAACGAUAAGACUUUGGUGCUGCAACCGUCGUACGGUGGUUCAGGUGCCACUGCAGUGCAGGUCGCCACUGCUGUGGUCACCACUGGUGGUGGAAAUACCGCAUUGACUUCACCCAAACGUGGCGACGAAGCGCCCGAAGAGUUGGUGCCCGCGCACGGUGCGUUCUUUUUUGCGCUCGGGUGCGGGUCUGCACUCAUAGUCACACUGGUGGCCGUCACAUUCGCCCUGGCUUACAAGCGCACCAACAAAUCGCUGCUCAGGUCCAAGUCCAAAGAAUCGUUGCAUACCAGUUACACGAGCGCCGCUUACGUGGCAAAUCCCAACGUUUUGGUGCGCGUAAAUUCGGUGACCAGCACCAGCGGUACUUACGCGACGAUCAGAAGCGUGCGGAAAACAGCUGCGUCGAUGACAGAUGACGACCACCCGAACCACUGCGGAGGAGUCGCCGGAAACAAAGGCAGCAGCCACGUGUCGCCGUACGCCACCAGCUAUGUGGCGACGGCGGCCGGAAGUAAUAAUUAUCACGUCUACUCGAAACCCGCGUCGCCCACGGCAUCCAAGAUAUCGUAUUACGCCUGCACGCCACUGAUGGCCGUUAACGAUCGGAGAAUGUGUGAUGACUUGGACGAGUGUAUACGCCAGCUGGACUCACACGGCGCUACCGUUAAGUUGGAAAGACUCCUCCAGGAGGGUGCUUUCGGCAGGGUGUAUCAAGGCACGUACAAGCACAACGGCGGUGGAUCGCAGGAAGUGCUCGUCAAGACCGUUACGGCUGAUGCUGCGUCUCAACAAAACAAAAUGUUUCUGACUGAAAGUCUGAUGUUGCAUGGUUUCCCGGGCCACGUAAACAUAUUACAACCAGUGGCUGUGUGUCAGUACUCAAAUAAACCAACGGCGGUAUUAUAUCCGUUCAGCAACAAAGGAAAUCUCAAAAAGUUCCUGUGCGACUGCAAACGGAAAAAUAACGACUACUACAACUUGACCACACAAGACAUUGUUAAUAUGGCCGUACAGCUCUGCUUGGGAAGUGUGUUUCUUCACAGCCAAGGCAUCUGUCACAAGGACAUAGCUGCCAGGAAUUGUGUCGUGGACGAAAAGUUGCGAGUCAAAUUAACCGAUAGCGGAUUGUCUAGAGACCUGUUUCCCGAUGAUUAUUCAUGUCUAAAUGACAACGAAAACCGACCCAUCAAAUGGAUGGCACUUGAAAGUAUCACUUUACGCACCUAUAACGGUGCCUCGGACAUAUGGUCGUUUGGUGUUUUGCUCUGGGAAUUGGUGUGCUUAGGUGCUCAGCCCUACUCAGAAAUUGAUCCGUACGAUCUAAGCCUUUACCUACAGGAGGGAUACAGGCUAUCGCAACCAAUCAACUGCCCGGACGACCUGUUUGGGAUGAUGACGUUCUGUUGGCUGCCCAGCCCAGAGGAACGACCAUCGUCUGCUCAAGUAUUGGCGUGUUUACAGGACUUCCAAAAAACUCUCAACCAGUUUAUCUAAAAUGAACUUUCCUUAUUAUACUAUUUAUUAUUUUUUUGUAUGUUUUGUUAAAUAUGUUGAUGUACAUAUUAUUAAAUUACUUACGAUAUACGAUUAGAGGUGCUAUGUAUGUAAGCGUUGA